AAUUGGUUCGUUUCCACAACGUCAGGACUCAGUCUCUCUAACAGAUAUCAGGACAUGGAUGAUAACCCAGGCGUAAACUCAUUAACUGCAGGCUUGGAUGAACUUGCUUCUUACCUCGAAAAAAGCACUCUUGUCGUCCAAGCGUACACUGAUAUCAUCGAGCGCAAGUAUGCGCGUCCUGCAUUAGACAAAAUUUCCAGAUACUUCCAGGGUCAGCCGUUGACAAUGACAUGGGUCACGAUAACUCUGACCCUCUUCGCUGUUUUGAGUAUCUUGCCAAUACUGUCGUUCAUAGGCUUGUCCAUCUUUGCGCUUUGCGGCUCCAUGUCUAUUGCUCUUGCAUUCGCGUUCGCGGCUGUCGUCGCAUUGGAAACUAUGUUCGCCACGGUUCUCCUCUUGGUACUAGGAGGACUACUAUUCUUCUCAUUCGUCGUCACCACGUUCGGCGCAAUGGCAUACCUUACCUUCUGUCUCGUCCAACACCUCCAAAUUCAUGAGCGCUUUGGAAUCGCAGAAUGGGCCCAGAAAACAAAACAACACUUCACUUCUAUCAGUGUGAAACCUGAAGGCAGUGACGAUUUAGAUGAGUCUGGUGUCCUCAUUGCACACGAGGCUAACGAUACAGACAAACGCAAAAACUUGUCUCCCUCUCCUUCGCGCUCCUUGAUGGCAUCCUCCGGUUCGAUUUGAUGCAAACCGACUCCGUGUUCAGAAUUCUGGCUCGCUUUCUCUGCUGCAUGAUACAUCCGUUUGGCAUGCGUUCCUCAUGUCACUUUUCUAUAGCUGACCAGGUUUACUCACGUAUGAAUUGUAUCGUUUGUAAUUUAUCCUUUCGCUCUCUUCCCUGCACCCACUGUGUACUAUACUAUAGCUCCAUCGAAUGCUGUCGAUUAAAGAUAUAGUCCUGGCCCGUUAAAUCUGCAAGGUCGAUUGGUAUCCGAUUCUUCUUUUUCUUCCUUUGCU